UCCACCCCGCAGUCUUCUCCGGACCUCGAAUUGAUUGCACCUAGGCUAUCUCUAGAUGCGCUUCUAACAUGCGCCUUGCCGUACCGAAACAUGUCCCUCCGCACCUUCACGCAUCCGGCCUGCACUGAACACCGCACCGAUAAGGGAAAGGAUUAAGAAUUGAGGAAGAACGGCGGGUUCGCCGUGCCCGACCAUGAGGUUUGACGUCGAGUCAUGGAUCUGGUACACGUUCGCCGUCGGAAUCAUCGUCGCAAGGCUGAUUUCACGCUCGUUGCUCUUCGGUUCUCCCAAGGGACUUCAAUAUGACGACUACAUUAUGGGGAUUUUUGUUACGACCUGCUAUACUGUCUUGAUCGUAAUGUGCAAUAUCGAAGCCAAGUCCCAAUCGAACCUCCUCCCGCCCGGUUUCGACGUCAACAGCCUCACCACCCAGGAGAUUCAAGACCGUGAAUACGGAAGUAAAAUCGUCGUCGUGGUCGAACAGAUGCAAAUUGCCGUCAUAUGGGCCUGCAAAGCCACUCUCCUCAUCCUCUAUGACCGCCUCACGCACAUGGUUCAAAGCAAAGAGAACGCCCUCAUCAAGCUGCUCGCCGUUUACGUUGCCCUCGGCUUCGUCGCAAUGGAGAUCUUGUACUUCGCUGCGUGGUGCCGCCCCUUCAGCCAGUACUGGGCCGUGCCUACCAAGUCCUCGCAAUGCAACGCGCUCAUCAACCACCGCAUCACAAACGCCGUCUUCAACAUCUCCUCCGACAUCAUCAUGCUCUGCAUCGCGCUACCAAUGUUCAUUCGCUCUCUGCUCCCGCUGAAACGCAAACUCAUCCUCUGCUGUAUCUUCUCCCUGGGCAUCUUCGUCAUCCUCGCCGCCGUGCUCAACAAAUACUACAGUUUCACAAGGGCCUACGAACCGACAUGGAUCUUCUGGUAUUGCCGCGAGUCUUCCACUGCUAUCCUGGUCGCCAACCUCCCCUUUACUUGGACCCUCCUCCGCAAACUCUUCAACCUGGGUGCUUUCGACGCGAACCACCCUCCGCCACCUACAUACCACUCCUCCCGCACAGCCGGCGGCCGCAGAACUGCCCGUGCACACACGCACCAUACAAGUGGCGGUGGCGGGGGCAGCGCAGAAAAACAUCUUCCCCACAGCGGCAGCAACCACAGCGCAAGCAAAGAAUCCCGCUCAAUGAGCCUCAUUGGCUCCAUAUGCGCCGCGAAAGAAGGCGGCAAAGGCGACCUCAGCGACAACAGCCAGCACUCUGAAAACGGGCUCCUACCUCAGGCCGUUCAACGCCACGACUUCGCCGCCAACGUCGUCGACAUCGACAUGCAAGAUAUCGACCUCGAACGCGGCAUAUCUCCCACCUCCCAUCCACACCCUGACCACGAGCACGAACAUCAUCACCUCGCCCCUCGACCCAUAUCACCCGUCCCCUCACACAGAAACACACACAAGCGCCUCAGCGCCGACGGCACGGGCGGUUUCUACACCCCCAACCAGAGCCACCCGACUUCCCCUCGACGCGCCCAUCUCGCACCCCGCUCCCGCGAAUCUAGCAUAGCGAGUGCGAACAGGCGGCCCAUGAGUCCCUCGCCAUCCGUGGGAAGCCAUGGCGCGCCGAGCGUGACGGCGCCUCAUGCACAAGCGCAUCACGCCGCGGGAGCCGGAGGCGGCAGAAGUGCAAGAGAUAGGAAGAUGAGGGCAAGGAUGAGCAAGUAAUUUCCCCCACUCCCCUAUUGCGAGCAGCGGAGCGAGUAUCUCUUUUGUUCUUUCGAGUGACUAGCGGCGACGGCGUUACGGGUUAUGAUGAUCACGACUAAGAUACCUUGGGUGGGGCUGCAUUUGGCGUUUGUCUGCAAUGGACAAUUGGGUCAGAGGGUGGGAUAUCGAUUGUUGGUAAUGAGGUACACUUUGUAUAUAGCUAGUCUAACUUAGACGGCAAGAGGACAGCGUAGGUCUGCCGCCUCUACAAAUUCUAAACGCGUCGAUUCAAAUCAUGUCCGUCCCUUUUUCCACGCCAACUGGACAUUUGCGCCUCCCUAACGCCGCCCAAUGACGCGUUGAGCGUUAUGCAGACAUGCAAGGUGCGUACUCUCAUCCUGCUCCUCAGCAGUCAAUGCAAGAAAAAACAAACAGCACAGU